AUGAGUUCAACAAUAGUUCGUGUUUGUACAUUUAAUUUACGUCGUGAUGGUAUGGAUCGUGGUACACCUAAUGAUUGGGGUAAAAGACGACCAAUUAUGAAAAAAUGUCUUGAAAACAUGCAACCAACUAUAAUUGGAACUCAAGAAGGCAUUUUCCCACAAUUAAAUAAUAUUCUUGAUGAUCUCAAUGAAUCAUCAGAACGUUGGUCAUGGAUAGGUAAUGAAGCUGAUGAAUUGCAUUCAAUCAAUGCUAUAUUCUAUCGUCGUGAUUUACUCUCUCUUAUCUCUACGGAAACAUUUUGGUUUAGUGACCAUCCAAUAAAACCAGGUCCAGCUUGGGGCGCAAAAUAUUCAUGCGCUUGUACAUGGGCUCAUCUUGAAUAUAUAACAACAAGACAACCAUUUACGAUCUUCAAUGUUCAUUUAGACUAUCCAUCACAGAAUGCACGUCAUCGUUCUAUAGCAGUGCUUCUCUCUAAAAUAAAUGAAAAUUUUCAUGUUAACCAAGUUAUUGUUACUGGAGAUUUUAAUAAUUGGCCUGAAGAAGUUGAAGGUACAACACCUGUUCAAGAACUUAUUCGUUUAGGACAGCAUGCAUCGGAAAUUCAACAAAUGAAACAGGCUGAUUUCAUUGAUACACAUCAACAUGGUGAAAAAUCCACAUUUAAUGGUUAUCGAUCAGCUGGAUAUGGUCCAAAAAUCGAUUUUGUUUGGAUUACAUCAAAUAGUGUCUAUCAUGUUGCAGGUGAAACUAAAAUUGAUGAUUAUCAUGAUCAAAAUGGAUUUUUUCCAUCAGAUCAUUUCCCAGUUUAUGCUGAUUUAGCUGUAAAUUAG